AUGGCAUAUGACCCACCCACUUUCACUUUAUGUGCAAGAAGUGUAAGAAGACAGGUUAAAUGUGAAGAUGUGGAGACAUUGAUGGGCCUUCCAAACACCUCAAAGGAGGUGGUCAUUGCUCAAGCUGAUGACAUGGUGCUUCGAAUCAUGAAAGAGAAGUAUUCUGGCAUGUCUUAUAAGAAAGUGAAAGAUAUGAUGAUGUUUAGUGAGAAUGAUGAUGCUUUUGAGACUUUAUUUUUGUUGUACACGCUGGGGACUUUUUUAGCUCCUACAUCUAGUCCUCAUGUGAGUGAUCGUUUACUUAGAGUAGUUAGUAAGAACUAUGUGCUCACUGGAAUAUAUGAUUGGGCAACAUUUGUAUUGAACGAGAUGACUAGGGAGGUCCAAACUUUCAAGGAAUCAAGGGGCAAGAAGAGAAAUGUUGGUGGAUGUCUUUUUUUCCUUCAAAAUUUCCCAUUAGAGGAGCUAGAGAGAUUGCCUUGGCCAAGCAAUGUUGUUAGUUAUUGGAAUGAGAAAAGGGCGUCUGAGCGAGUUCUCAUGGAAAGACAGAGCGAUCAUGGCAUGUUGUACAAACCUAAGCUUGCUGCAAGUGACUCUUCCUCUCAAUUUCUUCCAGUACUAGCCUUUCAAGACAUUGAUCUCAAGGAGGCAUAUGUAAAGCUAGUUAGACAUAUUGGUGAGGUGCUUAUGAAGGUGCAAAAGAAACGUUAUGCACUUGAGAAGAAGAGAAAAAUAUAUGAUCUAGAACAGGCGGAGGAGGUGAGUCAUGUUGCAAUAUAUGAGGAAGACAAAGAAGAUAAAAGAGGUGAGGAUGAAGAAGAAGGGAAAGAAGAAGGUGAGAACGAAGAGGAAGAAAAUGAGCAAGAAAGAGGUAAGGACGAAGAGGAAGAAAAUGAGGAUGAAGAGGAAGAAAAAGAGCAUGAAGGAGGUGACAGAGAUGAGUUAAUGGAUGUUGAUGUAGAAGAAGAAAUGAAGCUUAGAAGGUCAACUAGAGGCCAUCACGGUAGACGAUGGUCUGGCUUUAAGGUGACAUUGCCACAAUUCACCUCCGAUGACGCGACAUAUGAUGAGAAGCGACGCCUUUAUAAUUUUUGCACAAAAUGGGCUAAGAAAGAGGAUUGUGAACAGUUGUUCGUUGAUAUGUAUGAUUUUUAUGUAAAACGAGGUGAGUUGCGUUGUUUUGCACCAAGAAAAUGGAUCAAUGAUACGGUGAUGACUAUGAAGAUCAAAGCUUUGAUGGCUGCUCAAAAAGAAAGAGAAGGUGGUGUGAGGCACCACAUAUUUACCCCAUUGUUUAUGGAAAUAAUGAUGAAAGAUGUGCAGGGUUGGAAGGUUGGGGAGCAUACUAUGUUGUUUAUGCCAGAACAUUUAGGCUACGAUAUUACAGAGUGUGAUUUCAUUAUUGCACCAGUGUUGUACCAUUCACACUGGUUUUGUUAUUUUGUGGAGCUAAAAGGAUUGCAUUUUCAUGUGCUUGACUCGUUGUAUCCGCUUGUGCCCAAGCCAGACGACACUUUAGCAAAUGAGAAGAGAUUGCUAGCCCAAAGUAUGUCUCAUAACUUCAAAAGCAUCCUAAUGAUGGUUAAUCCAGACAAAUAUCAUAAGAGUCCUGACUUGGAUGUGACAUUUGCCCUUAUUCCAAAACAAAAGACUACAUAUGAUUGCGGCCUACAUCUUAUAACAUGGCUUGAACAAUGGGAUAACACUGAACAACCUGAAUGGAAUGGCAAGUCAAUGCCUCCUAUAGAGAAGGGUGCAAUGGAAAGGCUUCACAUUGACAUGGUGUGGGAUUUAGUAAACGAUCCCAAUAACAUAGCUUGGGAAAAUGUUAUGGCUUGGAUGGAAAAAGACAAACCAAAUAAGAAAGCCAAGACGGUUCAUUGA